AGUGCUCGGGAAGGAGAGCGAGAGGGAGAGAGAGGAGAAAAGUGAGAGACCCAACCGGUUUAGCGUGUGACUGGCCGAGUAGUGAGAGCGGGACUCCAGUUGAACGGGCUGCGGGGAGCAGCUUUCCCUUUUCUCUGCUCCCUUGGAGGAAUGUGGCAUUCCUGAUCCAGAGAGGGAAGCAAAGUAGGUCCUGCUUCAUUUUUGUGCAGAUCCGAGACAAAAACAAAGCAAAAACGAAACUUCCUGAGUAGGAAAAAACAAAACGAUCGCUUCCACCACAUCCGAAAAAGGGAUGACCAUGGCCUCUGGAGGUUUCAGAGCCAACGCAGCCACGGACUUCUUGGAGGAGUGGAAGGCCAAGAGGGAGAAGAUGAGGGCCAAGAUGCUGGGGGAUAUCGCCGCGGCAACCGGCCAGUGCCCUCCCCCUGGCUUGCAAGGCACAGGCAGCACUGGCACCAAAGCACCUGAACCGAGUAACAACGGCAGCUCUGCAGCAGUGAACUGCGUCUCUUAUCCAAUGGCUCGGUCGUCUUCUUCAUCUGCUUUAAGAAGGCCUGAAGAUGACCCCGGCUCAAGGCCAGCCGAUACGCCUGUGAAAAAAGCACCGGACACCAGCCCUACUGCUGCCACUGCCUGCCAGGACAGCGAUAAGGAAAGCCCCCCACACGGAAAAGGCAAGGAGAAGAAAAGCACCGGACCUAGUGCCAGAAAGGGCAAAGGUCAAAUAGAGAAGAGGAAGCUGCGGGAAAAGCGGAGGUCAACUGGAGUUGUUAGCAUACCAUCAAACGAGAGUUUGGAUGAGCUGGAUGAUGAUGAUGGAGGAGAGAAGGAGAGGAAGCGUGAGGAAGCCCUAACACAGCACAACACAGUCCAGAACGAAUCCAUGACCUCUGACCCCGCAGGACACUCAAUACAGGACACUCCAAGAUCUGGCACCAGCCGCCAUAAGACUGAGGAUGAUGCGGGAAACAGGCAUCGUCAGGGUUAUAGUCGCCAUGGCAGAGAGAGCACAUCACCUACUAGACUGGAGAGGAGGAUCGAGGAACUAGAGAAGGAGCUGGCUCUGGAGAGACAGGAGAACAACCGGCUGUUGAAAUCUCACCAGGACAAGGACGAACUGAUCGUUAAACUGAAGGAGGAAAUCGAUCUGUUAAACCGGGAUCUGGAUGAUAUUGAAGAUGAAAAUGAGCAGCUGAAGCAGGAGAAUAAAACCUUGCUGAAAGUCGUGGGCCAGCUGACAAGGUAGAACAGGAAUGGGAAGUGACAUCUACCCUCCAAAAUCCCACGAAGAACAUGGGCUUCUUUCUGCUUUGGCCUGUUCCGUCUGUCCGUUUUUCUGUCCAUGAUGAUGAUGUUGCUUUUUCUGGAAGAGGAACGCUGUGUGUUGGUGUAGGGGAAAAAAAGCAUAUGAUCUCUAAAGAUGCUUGGAGAUGACACACCUUCAGUAUCUCAAAGUCAUGAUGUUCUAUUUAAUGUAAAUGUGUGUGUACAUACAGCAUUCCAAUUGUUUUGAGGAACUUCAAAGAAAAAAAAAAUCACUACGUAAAUUGAAUGUACCAUCUCUCUUCCCCAUUGUUUUUCUACUUGAGCUGAAAAGGGCCCUGAUAUUCAAACUAAUAAUCUCUACAACCAGCAUGAAUGAAUGUGUACUUCUAUGUAUGUAUUUGAUGUUCUGGUGAGACUGAGAGUGUCUUUGGGUCAAACAACAAAAAGAAAAAAAUUGAAAGAGUCAUCAUGACCAAAAUCAAAAGGAAAAAGUUCUUCUUUUGGCCAAAGUUGUUACAAUACCGUGCACAUUUCCGCAAUGUCCCUGAAACACAUACUACCAUUUCCAAAGGCCUGGUGCUCUCGGAUGAGAAAUGUCAGUGCCGGCUCUCCUCUCUCCUGCUACAUAGUACAUAAAAGGAAUAUUCUGGUUGAAAAGAAGAUUUACAGUUUUCAUCCUUACCUCAAAUAUAGUGAAUUAGACAAGAAACAUUUAUGUCUGAAGUUUGCUGGUUUUCAUGGCUUGCCGUUUUUAAGCUUACACCAAAAAUAUGAGAAAAGUGUGCUUUUGGGACCGAACGCAGGUUUUCAUACAGCAUUCAUUCAAAGUUUUUUUCCCCCAUAAUUAAUAAAUGGCAGAAUAUUGAGAACAUUCAACUCUUAACUGCUGCAAAUGAAGUUACAAAGGACAUCUCUGUUACAUAGAGAGUAACAGAGUAGCAACCACCUGGGAUAACAUAGCAACAGCCUAGCAAAACCUUAGCAAUUACCUGGGAUACCAUAGCCAAGGCCUAGAAACACCUUAGCACCCGUCUAGAAAAACACCAAUUACCUGGCAACCAUCAUAGCAGUGGCUUAGCAGCACCUUAGCAACUACCUGGGAUGCCAUUGCAAUGCUUGGCAACCAGUUGGGAUACUGUUGUAAUGGCCUAGCAAACCUUAGACACCACAUCUGAUUCCAUAGCAAUGGCCUAGAGACAUCUUAGGAACCACCUGGGAUUUCUUUGCAACAGCUUUGUCGAACCAAUUUAAAAUGAACUUUCCCCUUUUAGGUUACUUUUGCACUAUAACUACAAGGCUAAUGUAGCUAACAAGUUUAGCAGUUAGCGUCAUGCUAAAUUAUUAUGCACCUAGGUCAGGUUGUUACAUAAUCUCAAAUUGACUUGCUUAUCUGGUUUCUGACAGUACAUCAUACAAUUAAAACUACCAGUUAAAGAAGCCGAUUAGUGUCAUACGAGCUGUUGUGUUUUCUCAGUGUCUAUAAAUAACAGUGUAGUGUCAGAAACAACAGAAGCAGCUCUGUUUGACAUUAAUUAACAGCUCUACACAGUCUGAUUAGGCUUGCAGUUAGCACAAUGUUAAUAUAGCUUGCUUUACUUAUUUGCUACAUUAGCCUUGUGGCUCCAGUGCUAAAACUAAAGAAGCAAACUUCAGACACCAAACGUCUUGGUUGACCAGCUACAUUUGGAGAAAGGUGGAAACUGACAUUUUUUGCUAACCUAUUCCUUUACAUUCCUAAUUUUUGUCAGAUCUAUUCACCAGCCGUGCGCCUUACACACUUCCAGAACAUUCAUAGAGGUUUUUCCACUUUCUAAGACUUAUCUUGCUGUAUGAUGUAUGUAAUAUCAUGAUUCCUAUGUGAGACGCAUCAUUUGAAUGUUUACAAGUUUGUUUUUAUUGGCGAGUAUCAUUAGAUGUAGCUAUUCUUGAUAUACAUUUAGGAGAUUUCUAGGCUGUAGACUCCUGCGGUGCAUUUUAAAUAACCAAAUCAACUGAUGGAAGAGGCGUUAUAGACGGCCGGAGAGCUGAGACUGUGUUGCUUUUGAGCAGUGCAUUGUUCUGCUGUUAGCUUCUUUGCUCCCCAUUGCUGGGUUUUAUAUCCACAUAAAUGCAACAAUGCUAGCAAAGCUCAGCAGAUGCUGUGGAAAAGCCUGAUAGAAUGUUUUAUUGGGAGCGCAAUCUACAUCUCUCGCUCUUUCUGUGUCUCUCUCUUCCUCUCUCAUUCCUUUGCAUAAUGCAUGUACAGAAGAUGAAGUCAUUUAAUAAAAGUUUGAUUAUCUCUA